AUGUUUCCACGAGUGAUUGACAAUUUAACAGUAAUUAGUGGAUUGAAGAAUAAUUCAUCGGAUGCCAUUCGGAGAGUCAUUGGGAGUGAUAGAGAAAUGUUUGAUAGACUUGAUCCUGAAACUUUGCAAAUAAUUAAACACGAUUUGGAAGCACAAAAAUCAUCAAUCUAUUCCUCGUCAAGUAAAGGCAAUAAUGGACAAGAAUUUGAUAGGGAAAUUAUGUCCACUAAUGAUGAUAUUAAUCAACAACAACAAUGGAAGAGAAAUUCAGCUCUUGAUAAUGAAAUUAAAAAACAAGAAUCAUUCAAUCAGAGGAUUUCGGAAAUUGCCAAUAGCAAUAUAGUCAAUUUGGAGGAAAAAGCAAGUGGAAAGAAAGGAAAGGGAUUAUUGGAUGAAUUUCUAGUAGAUCCUAGCGAAGAAAAUGUACUUACCACAAGAAGAGCCAAAUCUACUCUCAAUGUUUCAACAUCAAGUGCUGAAAAUGUUUUUGAUCUGUAUGCAAGAGCCUUACCAGAAUUGAGAGCAGAGCUCAGACAAAAAGGAUUAAAGCAAGUGGGAUUUAUUAAAUUCAAUAAGGAUAGUAAUAAGGCGGUGGAAAAUUUGAGAUUGACUUCAAAAGAAAAUUUUAAACAUGAUGCUUUUAAUCCUCUUGCUUUGGAAGAUCCAUCUUUGAGAGUUUUGGCACCAAAACAAUGGAAAGGAAGUUUACCGUCACCUGCCAAGGAUGAUAUUAUUCAAUCAGCGAUCAAUGGUUUAAAAACACAUUUCGAGCUCAAUAAUAAUUUUCUAGUUCAAGGAGAUCCAAUAUCCUAUGACUUUAUGGUGUCUCAGGAAAAUACAGAAUCAAAAGCUUUAGAUACACUCACCAUUCAGCUUGUAAUUACCCUAACCCAUGCUGAUACCUCUAGAACAUUGACUCAAACAAAGAAAAUUUUCAAAUUCAAUGAAGAUUCACCAUUCGAGAUUGUAAAACCUUUACAAACUUUGAAUCUGAAUACCAAAUAUAUGGAUUUAGGAAGUUAUCAGUUAUUUGCACAAGUAUUUCUAUUCCUUCCAAACAGUACUCAUUCAUCAAUUCUGUCCUCUCAUGGUCCUUUUGAUAUUUUCUUGACAAGAUAGGCAUUAUAGUGGUUUUUCAGCAUUGCAAUAGUAUUAUUGUAUUAUACUAUUGCUCUUUUAGAAUUUGGAAAAGAGUGUAAAGCUUAGAGUUGACUGGAUUAGUAUCAUGUUUUUCAAUUCCUUUUUCUAUUGGUAUGAUAGCUCCAUACUUGCUAUCAAUCAAGUGAGUCAUGAGUAGUUUCUUAUAAUUUUCCUGAUUUAACAGGUCAAGGUAGGCAUCCAUAGCCAGCUUCACCAUCUCAAAAAUAGUAUUAAAUUCAGGAUAUUCUUCUAUAAUUUCUUUUCUAUAUUGCUCUAUUGACUGUAGCAGCUCCUUUUUAAACAUGGAAAUAUCUAAAAGAUAAGAGAUGAAUUUGAGUAGUUUUUUCUCUUUUUUCAAAUUAUAAAGUAGGCUCAGAUAAAUGUGAGCUCUCUUGUUGUACAUCUCAAUAAAUCUAGAAACAUGCUUCAUGUGUCUGGCUUUGGUUUC